AUUAUUUAUUCCUUUAUUCAUUCAUUCAUGCCCCCUCAUAGGAGAGAGUGGUAGGGGCUAUUUCUGUUUUGGGUUUUUGUACAUUUCUAUUUCUUCAGAGUUUUCAUUCACUCUGCUCAGAGACUAGGAAUUCUCUGAGCUUUUCUUGAAAGUAACAAUUUUGGCGGGAAUUUUGUAGAGUUUAAGGGAAUUGAUUCCUAACAAAUUUAGCACACUUUGGAGCUUUUUUUCGCCUGAAAAUUCCAGCCUCUUUAUACAAGGUAUAAAGUUAUAGUUAGCAGAGAGGGAGAAAAAAAAGGAGAGUAAAAUGGGGUCAAAUUUGGUGGAUGAGAUAGAUUGCGGCAGCUUCUUUGACCAAAUUGAUGACUUGAUUGAGUUUCCGUCAGAGAAUGAGUGUGGUGGCUUUAGCUCAACUGAUUGCAAGGAAUUCCCGAGCAUAUGGGAUCAGCCCUCCGACCCCCUUUUCUCCGGCAGCUACAACAAUUCACCUUCCGACCUGUCGGCCGAACUCUCUGUUCCAUAUGAGGAUAUUGUACAACUUGAAUGGCUCUCAACAUUUGUGGAGGAUUCCUUCUCGGCCGGGGGCUUGACCCUUGGGAAAGAAAAUGCUCCCAUCAACAAAGAGACAUCCCACAGCAAAUUCCAGUCUUCGAGUCCUGUCUCUGUGCUCGAGAGCAGCAGCAGCAGCAGCUCCUCCUCUUCCUGCUCAGGCGGCAAAACUAUUCCUCUCAGUCCAUGUCACCGUGGCCCACAACGUGCUAGGAGCAAGCGUCCUCGCCCUGCAACUUUUAAUCCUCGGCCAGCAAUUCAACUUAUCUCUCCAACAUCAGUCUUUAUUGAGAAUCCCCGGCCAUUUGUUGCUCCCGUAACUUCUUCAGAAUCCGGAAACUUUGCACAGUCUCCAAUGAAGAAGAUCCCAAGACCAGCAGCAACAGCAGCAGAGCAGAAGACGAAAAAGAAAAUCAAAUUUACAAUUCCUCUAGCUCCAAUUGAGACAAAUCAGAACUCCAGUGCACACGCAGUUAGAAGAUGCAUGCAUUGCGAGAUAACGAAGACGCCUCAAUGGAGAGCAGGUCCAUUGGGACCGAAAACCCUCUGCAACGCUUGUGGCGUUCGCUACAAGUCAGGAAGGCUCUUCCCUGAGUACCGGCCUGCUGCAAGUCCUACGUUCGUUCCAUCAAUGCAUUCCAAUUCUCACAAGAAGGUCCUUGAAAUGAGAACCAAGGACAUUCCGGAGAACAACGCCACAGCCAGGACUCAAAUCCCAGCAACAAUCACCGAACAGGCGUUCAGCAAAUCCUCAGUGGAGGAGUAGAUGUAAAGGGAAGGGAAAAAGGAAGCAGAGAAUAGCUUUACCUAGUCAUAGUGUUUUUUUGUGUCCUCUCUGCAUUUCUCUUUUCAGUUAAUGUUAUUUGCUUGCUGUUUUUUCAUUGCUUUGUUCAUUGGUUCUUUGUACAGAGAUAUAAUGGGGGGAAAUAGAAAACAAAAUUAGAUGAUCAUAUUUUAGGUGGUAGAGAGAGAGGAAUGAUGAGAAGAGAUGGCACUGAAAGUGGUUAAGAGUGGAGUUUAGGGCUAGAGUAUAGCUUUAGCAUCAUUUUAGGUCCUUUUGAAGUUCAAAAUAGGUGUGGGGUUGGUUUUUGUCUCUUUAUUAGACUCUUGGCCUUAAUUUCUCAUCAUUUAGAUGGGAAUUCUUUUUGUAGUGAGUUUGUUAGUAGGUGAUUCUGAAAUGAGUAGUACUUUGGAUUAUGUUUUCUGA